AUGAAGAAUAGCCGAUUAAAAGAAACAUCAAAUUUUCUGCAAUCUGACUUUACCUCACAAAACUCUCUUUUUAUAAAUGAAAAUUCUGCUUCCUUGAGUCGUUCUCUUCAAUCACUCAGUGGACUUGGCAAAUCUACAUCUGCCGUCCGCCGUCUUAGCCCAUGUAUAUUAAACCUCUCCAAGGCAAUCGGAAUGAUUAUUAACUUUAAGGAUGAUGCCUUCGCUGCCGCUGCUAAUGUUUCUAAACUGACAAGGUUAUUGGAUGUCAAUACUUCAACAACCGAAAGUCAUUACAAUGCUUGUGUCAUUCUACAUAAGCUUGCUGAUAGAGAAGCAUCAAGAAACAGUUUAGCUUAUUACCCUCAGAUAGUAGAGAGCUUAGUUCACUUGUUACAAACAACCCAAGAUAUAAACGUCCAAACGGAGGCCGCGAUGGCCUUAAGGAAACUAUGCUACGCUAAACCUACUGCAUCAGCUGUUCGAAAUGUUCUUUCUGUGGCCGACCUUGUGCAACUUCUUAGUCAUCCUGCGGAGACAAUAUUUGUGACUGCGCUCUCUAUUCUCCACCGGCAAAUGCUCUUCAUGCCCGAAGAGACGCGUCCUGAAGUGAAGUCGGCUGGAGGUCCGGUUCAGUUGGCCGCCCUUCUUACUCCAGAGAGACUUGCUGAGCCUGGUUAUCUUGCAAUUUGCGCUGACGCCCUUCGAAUGACCGCCUACGAGGACCCGCAAAUUAAGCUAAUCCUAUUGGACUGUGAUAUUGCGGAGAAAAUAGUAUAUCUUCUGAAUGCCUUUCGAAGCCACGAGAAACUUCAGCACGCUUUAACUCGUCUCAUCAAGGUUUUAAGUGUUUCGACUGAUUGUAAGCAGGGUCUUGUGGAAGCCGGAGCAGUACAAGCUAUGACCGGAUUACUCCAUUCUAACCAUAGCUCGUUGGUACUUGAAACCCUCUGGGGUCUCCGAAAUUUGAGCGAUCAAGCAUUUCACUUAACAGACACUCGAGAACUAUUCACCUUGCUUGUCCCCCUCGUCUCUUCUUCUGUUGAACAUAUAGCCAUUUGCGCAGUUGGCUGUCUCUGCAAUCUUACCUGUCAAAACGCAUCUAACAAAGCAACUUUAAUCGAAAUCGAUGGAGUUAGUGCCCUAUGUGGUUGCCUUACCACAUUCGUAAAUCGAGACGAAGUGACUGAGCCUGUAUGCUCCGCUUUACGAAAUUUAACCCAUCAAAACGAGCACGCUUCGUUGGCUAUUCAUCAGAUUCACGACUUUGGAGUAUUGAAAGUAAUUGUAAGUUUUCUAAAGUCUGACCAAUUCCCGGCCCAUUUACCACUUGUCAAAGCUGUUACUGGACUCGUUCGAAAUCUUGGCUUGUCUAAAUCUUGUCGUCGUGAUCUGCAUCAAUUAGGUGCGACAGAUCGCUUGAUCAUAUUGUUCCAGCGGGCUUCAGGAGUAUUUGAGGAAGCUACGCAGCAACGAGCCUCUAUCUUAUCCAACUCUUCAGAGUUGAGUUAUAUCGAAGGAGUGCGAAUAGAAGACUUUAUUGAACUGCUUCUUGUCGCUUUACAAUCAAUGGCACAACACACAGCUGCUCGACUCACUAUCAUCCACUCACCUGAAGGUGUCUUUGCAAGUCUUGUUCAGUACUUAUAUAGCGGUUCUGAAUACAUUCAAAGGGCGUCUCUUGAAUUGCUAAAUGAGGUGACGCUGAGUCCUGAAGGCGCUAUAGCUGUUGAACAAGCAGGAGCUGUGGCACGUAUCACGGAACUUGUUCAUUCUGAUGAUCCCAAAACAGCAACCUACAGUGCCUCGAUUCUCCAUAGGGUUGCAGAGCACUUGAAACCAGCAGAGUAUCAAAAGCGGUUAUCCAAGGAGUUGAAGCAUUGCCUUCGAGAUGCGGGUGUCCUUCCAGUCAACUCUUCCCCAAGUCCAGCUGCCCCAGUGGCCUCUGCCAAAGUGGAUGAUAUCACCGCUCCAACACCCCCUCGUGCUAGAACUCCAGCAAUACCCCCCAUUCCUGUUGCAAGCACAGGAAGUCUCACUCGUCGAUUACCAGACCCACCCCAGAAUGAACUACCUCUACCUCUUCCACGGUCUAGAAAUGUUCCCAAUGGGAUAGAGAGUAUUGAAUCGCAGGCGACCAACCAUAGACGUGGAUGUUCGACUUCAGUGUCUGUUAAAGAUCUAAAGAAGGGAUACAAUUGGGAUUCUUUCAUUAAUACUGCUCAGUAUCCCCCUCCUUUUGCCUAA